CAGCAGCCCGGCUCUUGUGCGCUGACCUCCGUAGGGGACCGUAUCAUCCACCCGGACUUCUACCGGAGAGCUCGGUCUUCUUCCCUCGAUUGACUAGGGCACUUUUAAUUUCCCACCGGGUAUUUUAAUUUACUCUCCACAGACUUGGGAGGCUGUGGGCUCUGCAGCGGCGGCAGUAAGUGGUGGACAUCCCAACGUGUGUGCCGAUUUCUGGAAGGAACUGCGUCAUCUACUUGACUUCCACUUGACAGGGCAGUCAUCUGCAGCGUCCUUCCCUCUGAGUGUUUGGAUUUACUCUCCACAGGUGACUUGGAACAGGUUGGAGGGGAGGAGAGGAAGAUAAUCAAUUGAAAAGGAGCAAAGAGAAAGAGGAUGAGCCACAUAACGAGCGACACCCAGGAGGUUUCCCAUUCCCAAUGGAAGUCCUCAUCCUGCCUACUCAUGGUUUGAAAAGGCAAGGCAAAGACAAGGCAGCCUAAAGAAGACCUUGUCCUCUUUGCUUUGCCCUGCGUGAACGCCCUAUAUUUAGCUCUGCCGGAGUCAUGGUUUUAAUCUGAACACAAAAAUAAGUCUUUAAUCUCCCACCCUACACAGCCGUCUGCUAUUGCCAUCUAAUUCCUAACAUCCCAUUGUCAUGGAGAAGACGUAUUCACUAACCGCCCACUAUGAUGAGUUCCAGGAAGUGAAAUACGGCGGCCGCUACAGCAGUGACAUCCUCAGUAACGGCAUGACCCUUCACUUGGGUGGCAGUCUGGACCGACAUAUCGGGCGCGCCCGGGGAGGAACGUGGUCAAACGGUCGCAAUAGAGAUGCGAGCGGCACCGGCGGCGGUCUCCCUCGAUGGAGCCGGAGGGAGAUUUGCCUCCUCUCUGCUUUGGUCUUCGCAGCGGGCAUGUGUGUGAUUUUGGCCAGCAUGCUGGCCCUGAAAUAUAUUUCCUUGGAGGCGCAGCAGGACCCACAGUGCAGGCAAGACUGCCAGCAAACACGCGCACUGCUGCGGGCUGCACGCUUUGUCCAAGCCAAUAUCGACCCCACCAUCCAACCCUGCCAGGACUUUUACUCCUUCGCCUGCGGGGGCUGGUUGAGGCGUCACGCCAUCCCAGAAGACAAGCUCAGCUAUGGCAUCAUCACAGCCAUAGGGGAGCACAAUGAAGAGAAGCUACAUCGCAUCCUUCUGGAGCCCGUUCGGAGGCGUGAGCCCGAUUCGGCCGAGCGCAAGGUCAAGGAAUUUUACAGAUCUUGUGUCAACAUCCAAGAGAUUGACAAGCUGGGUUCUGACCCCAUGACUGAGGUGAUAGACAGCUGCGGAGGGUGGGAUCUAGUUGGCGCUCCCCCUGGUGCUGCUGGCUGGGAGAAAGAGGGUGCCCCGCAAAGGCCGGACUUCAAUGAGCUGCUGUACAGGACGCAGGGCGUGUACAGCACUGCGGUCUUCUUCUCGCUCACCGUCAAUGUGGACGACAAAAACUCCUCUCGAAAUGCUAUCAGGAUUGAUCAGGAGGGACUAACACUGCCUGAGAGGAGCCUCUACUUGGGUGAGGAUGAGGACAGUGUGAAGAUCUUGGCGGCCUACAAGGCCUUGAUGGAGCGCUUACUGAGCAUGCUGGGGGCUCACAACGCUACACAAAAGUCCAAAGAGAUUAUAGAGCUGGAGACCCGUCUGGCCAAUAUAACUGUGUCUGAAUAUGAUGACCAGAGAAGGGACGUCAGCACGAUGUAUAACCGUAUUACACUCAGGCAGCUGCAACGCAUGGCUCCUGGUCUUCACUGGAAACGCUUGCUGGAUAAAAUCUUCGACGACAACUUCUCUGAAGAUGAGGAGAUAGUGGUGCUCGCCACCGAUUACAUACAAAAAGUGUCCGACAUCAUCAAGACCACAUCAAAAAGGGUUCUCCAUAACUACAUGUUGUGGCGCAUUGUGGCAGCGCUCAGCGAAAAUCUGUCCACCGCCUUCAGGAGCACCAUUCAUGAGUUUUCUCGGGAAAUUGAUGGCACCGAGCAGCAGCUGGAGCUGGGCAGAAUGUGUCUCACACAGGCCAACAAACACUUCGGCAUGGCCCUGGGAGCACUUUUUGUCCAGGAGCACUUCUCCUCACAGAGCAAAGCAAAGGUGCAAGAGUUGGUGGAGGACAUAAAGCACGCCCUGGACCUCCGGCUGGAGGAGCUUGACUGGAUGGAUGAAGCCACCAAGGAGGCCGCCAGAGCAAAGCUGAAGUACAUGAUGGUCAUGACAGGAUACCCGGACUUCCUGCUCAAACCCGAGCUCAUAGAUCAAGAAUACGGGUUUGAGGUGGAUGAGAAAACCUACUUCAAGAACAUCCUAAACAGCAUCAAGUUCAACAUCAAGCUAUCGAUCAAGAAGAUUCACGAAGAAGUGGACAAGACCGCGUGGCUUCUCCCCCCACAGGCGCUGAAUGCCUACUACCUUCCUAACAAGAACCAAAUGGUUUUCCCAGCCGGCAUCCUGCAGCCUACUUUGUACAACCCUGAGUUCCCACAGUCUUUGAACUAUGGCGGAAUAGGAGCAAUCAUUGGCCAUGAACUGACACAUGGAUAUGAUGACUGGGGGGGCCAGUAUGAUCGCCACGGCAACCUCAAACAGUGGUGGACUGAGGACAGUUACAGAAAGUUCCAGAAGAAGGCCGAAUGUAUUGUUAAACUCUACAACAAUUUCACAGUUUACAAUCAAAGGGUGAAUGGCCGCCUGACACUGGGGGAGAACAUAGCAGACAUGGGAGGACUCAAACUGUCAUACUAUGCGUACCAGAAGUGGGUGAGGGAGCACGGCCCCGAGAGGCCCCUACCAGGCCUUAAAUAUACACAUGAACAACUCUUCUUCAUCGCCUUUGCACAGAACUGGUGUAUGAAAAGAAGAUCUCAGUCAAUCUACUUGCAGUUGUUAACCGAUAAACAUGCACCAGAACACUACAGAGUGAUCGGCAGCGUUUCCCAAUUCAAAGAGUUUUCCCGUGUUUACCAUUGUGGGAAAGGCUCCCCUAUGAACCCUGAUGAAAAAUGUUCUGUGUGGUGACACUACUUCACAUGCCUCAUUAUAUUUUGCGUUAAUCAGAACGACCACAUAAUAAAAGUUCAUCUUUUUAAAAUUAAAAAUUAAAAACGCCAACAUGCACAUAAAGCAUUGUCGCCUAACCAAGCUAACAUCCGAGUACAAGACACUUAUCAUUGACUAUAUAUAUUUUUCUAUGUUUACAUUUAUUUUUAAAUCAUCUAUUUUUGUAUUACAACACGCUCAUACUGUUGGUGAGCUGUCUUGGUUUUUACUUAGCAGGUUCCAAGCACUAACCUAUUUUUCUCAAUCGUUUAUCCACUGAUACAUCAACCAGGACAUUCCAGAAGAAGUAGAAGGUCAGCAGCAGCUGUGAUCUCAGUCAGAUUGCAGCACGUUUUAGCAUUGUGAUUAAGGUUGUUGUAUCGUCUGCCUGCAUUGUUCUCUUUGUUCUUGUAUUUCUACUUUUUUAAGGGACGUUUUUAAUUUCUUUUUUUUUUUUCUUUUUUUUGGGGGGGGAGAAAGGUUUAUUAUGAUGGUUGACCUCAGGAAGUUUAGAGCCAAAAGAAGGAUACAAUCUUUAUGUCGCCUCAUCAUCACCUGAUCGAUAAAAUAUAACACAAAAAGCUAUUAUUUCCUGACUGGAACAUGAGCUUGAACCUACCACACCCAGAAAUGGCAAAAUAUGGUUUCAUAUAAAUUUCCCAUCAGUUUAUGUUGACGCCUCUCAGACUGGCUGACUGACGCGACAUAAGUGAAACGGCCAA